CCAAGCAGAUUAAAUAAUCAAAAAGGCCGAGCCAUCGGGGUCAUGUUUGAAUGCUACAGCUGUUCACCGAGAUUUGACAAACAUUCUUUACGCGCGGCUCUCGGUCUGAAUGGGAAAGGCAGGGAUGAUCUCGGGGAGGUCGACACUUUAAGAAAGAAGAAGGGGACACAAUCAAAAGAUCCUUUUAUGGAAACCGAUCCCAGCCAGAUGGAGACAAGGGGGCAGGCUGCUUAAAGAAGUGGUCUUGUGAAAGCGACAACUGUUCUCAGCAUCGAAGAAAAAAAAAGCCCAAGCAGGAUUCAGAAGAAGUGAAUGAAAACUCCAAGUCCUGCCAUGCCCUCGGCUUGUGGAUCUGCAAAUUAAUAAGGGUGGGCUGCGUGAUCGGCAAGGACCCUGGUCCCGUGGAGGCGCAGCCAUGAGAGGUGAGCUGCUACUGCUUUUGAGUGCGAUUUUCCCACCCCAGGGCGUGUGCGGCUGCCCAGAGAAGUGCAUCUGUCACUCAUCUUCAAACUCUGUAGACUGUAGUCACCGGGGUCUGGCUGAAAUCCCUCCUGAUCUGCCUCCUCAGACUCUAACGCUGCUCUUGCAAGAUAACCAGCUACGCCAGCUUCCCGCUCACGCGUUUAGGUCAGUUCCUCGGCUCAUGACCUUAAACUUGUCCAACAAUUCUCUCUCACAUCUGGCCCCUGAAGUUUUCCAUGGACUUCGGCACUUGCAYGUCUUAAACCUAACUCACAACUCCCUGCUUUCCCUGGAAAGCAGACUUUUCCAUUCCCUCCGGCAGCUGAGGGAGCUCGAUGUGUCAUUCAACAACAUCAGCCAUCUUCCCACCUCGCUGGCGGAGCCUUGGGAGAACCURACCUUGUUUGCAGUGCGACAGAACCAGCUCCACUAUCUCAGUCGCAGGCUCCUAGAAUCCAUGCCCAGCCUGAGGCUGUUAUUUCUCAAGGACAACCUCUGGAAAUGCAAUUGCCACUUGCUGGGCCUUAAACUCUGGCUGGAGAAAUUUAUCUAUGCAGGGGGAGUAAUGGAUGGUGUCAUCUGCGCGUCACCUGAUAUGUGGAAGGGGAAGGAUCUCCUUAGGAUUCCUCACGAGCUGUACCAGCCCUGUCCUCUUCCUGUUCCACAUCUGGAGCCCUCACAGGGUCAGCAGCAUGGCACUGCCCACGGGGAGGUCCCCAAGCCUCCUGAGAACCGGAUCUCUGAGGAGCGAGACCCUGUGGCAUGUGAAGUCAAACCCAAGCCGAGGCCCACCAACCUGCGCCACGCAGUGGCCACCGUUGUCAUCACGGGGGUUCUAUGUGGAAUCGUGUGUCUCAUGAUGUUGGCGGCUGCCAUCUAUGGCUGCACCUAUGCGGCUAUUACAGCCCAGGGCCAUCGGGGCCCCUUGGCUCAAACCAGUGACUCUGGGAAGAUGGGAGGAAAAGAGGUAUUUGACCACUCACUGGCCUGAGAGCUUUCAUCUCAAAGAGGAUUGAUGGCUGUAGACCAGGUGUCCGAGUGAGCCGAUGUGUUCACUGUUAACGGUCUGAUUUUGCUUUUUCCAACAGAAACAGUAAGAUGUGUUUGUAAAAAAUAUAUAUAUAUAUUCCUGGGAAGAAAUUUAGGUUGGAGAUUUUUAAAAUACCAUAGAUGAAAUAGAGAUGAUACUUGUACUCUGUGUCUGCAAAGUUAUGACAGUGAUUCUAGGCAUUGGAAGACCAUGCACUCAGAAAGGGAAGAUACCAUCUCUUUCAGGUGCCCUUCCCUGGAUUAAGUUGCUUUUGCAGAGCAAAAAAAAAAAAAAAAAAAUUCCAACAUGUGAGCCAGUCAGCAUUCCUAGGAGCUUUAGGGUCCACUGAGAACUGCCCAAGUCUGAGUGCUUAGGAUGAGGCUGGUGAUCCUACCCGAGGGGCACUGAAUGCCUCUAUAAUUCAAGUUCAUGCUAGAUCGGUGGAUACUUUUAGAUGUUGUGUAUGUUAUACAUUUAAUGGGAGCGUCUGUUGGUUGGGAAUUUCGUAGCUUGCCACAAGAGUCAGAUUAUAUUUAAUUUCCUAAAUCAGAAAACCAUUUGGGGCUUUGUAGGACGAUGCAGAGGAAGAGGAGGGUUCCACAUCUGGGUAAUGCGACUCAGGCCCAGAGUCUGGGGAAGUUUCUUUUCUUUCUUCUUUUUUUUUUUUUUUGGAUGCAAAGGUAAAGAACACAUAAGCAAAUUCAGGGCAGAGAUUACCAGAAGGCUCUAUCCACCAGGAGACUAGAAGCUUCCAUUUAUAACACUCACAGCAGGAAUGAAUUUAGGUUAGUCGGAAAGCGAGCGUAAUGACUUUUGUGUAUCUGCAUCUGCCUGCGUGGUGCACAGAGGGCACAGGCUUGCACAACCACACCCGUGCACAGACAGGAUGCGAAUGCAUCUCUUCCCCCCACUAAUGAAAUGCAGCCCCGUCAGGGUGUGGGAGCCAGCAGCUCUUGAUCACCACCCAGAYUGUCUCUCAACACUCUGGGAUAGGAAGUCAGAAGGAAGUCUUGAAGAGAGUGGGAAUUUCCAAGAGGCUCCAGAUAAGUGGUGGCAGCCACCCUGAACAUUAUUUAGGCCGUGGCUUCAAAAAUAAAAUAAAAUAAAAUCAGGUAUAAGGCUGAAGAACUGCAUGCAACGUGAAUUUUUGUAAAUUGAAUCAUCAUUUUAAUGCAGUAGGG